AUGGCUAAAGCAUCGUACAUUGAUGAUGGUCAUGAUGAAUUAAGUAGCGUGAGUUUGGGUCAUGGCCCCGAUUUCAACUAUACUUGUCUUGGCGGUCCGUUGAAUUGGUUUGAUUUGGACAUGAAACAUAACGCCCUGUGUGCAUCAGGUCGAUACCAAUCGCCAAUAAACAUCGACUCCAACAUACAUUCUGUAGCUGGAGGUAUCGGAAUCCAAAUUCCACUUAUCGAUAUCGCCCACUUUAAGAACUUGGGCUCUACUGUUGAGAUUACUCUAUCUGAAGGACGCCUGUUUACCCCGACCGGUCGUUACGCACUAAAUAAAUUCCACUUCUAUACUCCUAGUGAGCAUCGUAUUGAUGAGGAGUCCUAUCCUCUGGAAGUCCACUUUGUCUUCAAAGAUCCUGGUAAGCAUCCGAUAGCGGUAUUUCUUUUCCCAUUGACCUUCGUCAAUACUCUCUCGUGGUAG